UUGUGGGUAUUGUAGUGAAGCUUUCGCUUGACAACACCUACUGUAGAAAACUCUGUGCAUUGAAAAAGAACCACAGUUCCCAAGCAUCCAGUGCACACAAGAACUGUAUGGCGUCUGUUUGGGAUUAACCGAAGUGGUCGCAGAAUAAACCCCAGGUUUUAGGAUUUGCUGGCACCCUGGGUAUUUUGUGUCAUGAUGGCGGAUGACAACAAACCGAUCCAUGAGCUAAGGUUUGAUGCUGCAGUAGAAGUCAUUCAGAGUUUGCCUCCAAAUGGUUCUGUUCAGCCUUCCGAUGACAUGAUGCUCAAAUUCUACAGUUACUAUAAUCAAGCCACACAAGGACCCUGUGACAUCCCAAAGCCUGGAUUCUGGGACCCUGUAGGUAAAGUCAAAUGGGAAGCAUGGAACGACUUAGGAGACAUGCCAAAGGAGGAAGCCAUGAUCGCCUACGUUGAUGAAGUGAAGCUGAUUCUGGAGAGCAUGCCGGUGACGGACGAGGUGGAGAGGCUGCUGCAGGUUCUGGGGCCCUUCUACGAAAUGGUGGAUGAGAGUAAGAAAAUCAGCAAGGUUUCUGACCUGUCUGCAGCCCGGUUGGAAAGAUUUGCUAGGUCACUUGAAGGAUUUGGAGGUAUGCUGACAGCCUCUUCAAAAAGUAUGACUAAAAGCAUCAUUAGGACAAUGACUCAGAAUGGCACUUUGAAGAGCAGCUGCAAAAGACCCGAACUAGAAAGCAACACAUUCAUGAACGAGGAAGAGGAAGUGGAGGAUGAAGAUGAAGAAGAUGAGGAACAGGAAGAGGAAGAGGAGGAACAGAUAGAGAAAGGAAAAGAACUUCCAGCCUUGAAGCUGAAGACGGAAGGCUUGGCAGGAAAGCCUGAGCUCCCCUUGACAAAUGGCAACAUGGAGCACAGAGGCUCACCCCUGACCAAUGGCAAUCACGGCUCUAAGUCAGCCCUCAACGGCGAACAACCCCAUGGGGAGCUAGUGGACACUACACAUACUCUGGAGACCACUGAACUCAACGGCCAUCUCAGUGAUCACAACGAGGAGGUGUCCAGCCUGCAUCACCUGGCCAGCGAUUCUGACAGCGAGGUGUACUGUGACUCUGUGGACCAGUUUGGUACGGAGGAGGGUUCUGAGGUGCUCAGCAACCACUCCCUUGAUACGGACGCGGGGGUCCGCGUCGACCACCGCGCUAAGCGUCGGGUUCAGAGAGGGAGGGGGCUCGGAGAGACGGACGAUCCGCAGGGUGGUCCGGGAGGAGUUCAGCUUGGAGGAGAGGAUGGGGAGUCCAGCAGGAACGCUCCUCGGAGAGACAGAACAAAUGCAGACAGACCUCAUGGGUCCUCGGCCAGUGGAGGGCGGGGCUCCAGGUACCCAGCGCUGGGAUCGAGGGCCCAGGGGGUGCUGCUGGGCAACGCAGGAGAUGGGGAGCGCCGGGGGUCAGAGGGCGGCUCCAGCAGCAGCCUAAAUGAGCAGAUUGUCACGGCGCUGGCACGGCUGCAGGAGGACAUGCAGAGCGUGCUGCAGAGGCUGCAAACCCUGGAGGCCCUUACUGCCUCACAGGCAAGGUCAUUAACUCUGCAACCAUAUUACCCAUCACCCCCUGCGAGUAAGGCAAUUAAGAAGCCAUCGUGGUGGCCUUUUGACAUCUCCCCUGGCACUGUGGUCUUUGCCAUGGUCUGGCCCUUUGUGGUGCAGUGGCUGAUACGCAUCUGCCUACAGAGAAGGAGAAGGUACCUGUACCUAGGGGCUACAGGUGGAUUCUUGGGGGGCUAAAGUGGCUGUGGUGUUUAGGAAAUGGGAAAUAAGUGCACCUGCUGAAAAAUAAGCUACUUCAAUUUCUAUAAUGAGCAUUGUUUGUUAGUCAAAACCCGAUACACUCUCUAGAGGACGGCUGUCAAACUCAAUCAUACAUAGUGCCAUGUAGGCAAUUGUGAAUCAAAUCAAGGGGCAGACAUGUAGUACGGAAUACAAUCAUUGGGGUGGGGGGAGGGUUUAUUAUUAAUAUUGUCAUGGACUAAUCGUCCAUGCUAUUUCACAAGCCAGAUUUAACUGAUUGUCUGGACUGACAUGUGGGCAGAACUAGGAACUUGGAACAACACAAUUUUGAAUCUUAUUCCAUCACUGAAAGUCAAUGUUUGCUAAGCCCUAAUCAUGACAUGUCUUUUUGUUCCAGGAAAAUAAACUGAUGGCUGAUUGUCCCUUGUGUAGAAAGACCAAAUACUACGAUGAGGGCACUUGCAGUCCAUAGUUUUGUUUUUGCAUUUUUGUGUGUCUACAACUCGCUUUUGCACAAUAAUGAUGCCACUGUUAGUAAAAAAAAAAAAAAAUGCUUCCUAGCAUUUGCUGAUGCUAUAAAUGGUUAAAUCAUUCAAAAAAGAAAUGUGAAUGUACGAAAUGGCAACUUUGAUCAUGAAAUGUUUUUAUGUAAUUGCUGUCAGCAGUGGCAGUACACGAGUAGUAUUAACUUAUGAAGUAUAGGAAAUGGUUGUGUAUGGAUGAAUAUUUUUGUUUACGGUUUGAUUGUAGUACAAUUUUUGCUUCUGUUCACUUGUCUUUUAGUUUGAGGUGUAAACUGAAUCUGUGAAAUGGUAUGCAGAUAUCAUGUAUUACACCAUUAGGUUCAAAGCGCAUUAAGAUUCUACUCACAGAACGCAACCAACGCAACCCUUAGUAACAGGUAGCUAUUAAAACCAUGUACCAUAGAAAGAAAUGGUAGAAGAAAUAGCUGCCAAAGUACAAUAGAUCUGCAGUUAAAUUCCAGGCUGCUUUGAUAUAAAUGCAUUUUAUUUGCAAAUAAGAGAUGUAGGGUGAGUGGUCUGUCAUAGAGCGUAUAAUUAAACUGUAAUACAGGCUUGGGUUUGUAUUCCCAGUAGCUGCUAAAGGGAUUUAUUCUAAGUGAUGUGUAUGUUCAACCUUUUUUUUUUACAAUAGCUGUGGCAAGUCUCCUCUGGGAAAUUUUCUCAGCGUAUGUAGCUUAAUUUAAACAGUCUAUUCACAUUUUCAUUUCCUCAUGACAUUGCACCACUGAUGUUUAAGCUGACAACAAAGAAAUGCUAACAAGACAAAGUCUUGUAAGUACAAAGCAGGAUCCACUUGGAACCCUUUCCAAACGGUUUCAUGGAAGCAGGUAGACUGAAAUGGUGACUAAUAAGUCCAAGAAGAUCAGACCCAAGCAGCACAACUGAAGCAACUUCCAAAUGAAAUGCACUGGACUCUAAGCCAAAAUGUAUGUAUGAUAUACAUGGCCACCCCAUACUGUGGUACGCAGUUAUUUCAGUCCUGAAACGUCAGAUGCCAGAUCUGUAUGUCUAAAACUCAGUUUCCUUCCUAGAUUUUUGGUACAGUUUCCAAAGCGAUAUUGAUCAAACAAAUGUCUGUGGAAAUGUCAAUUGUGGUGGACCAAAGAAGAUGUACAGAUUCCAAUCUGUUUUUUUGCACUUUACCGGUUUAAACCAGUAAAUUAUAAUAAUCCUUUUGUCUUUUAGUUACUAGAUGUUAAUGGUUGUCCAGACAAGAUAAAGAUAGAAUGAAUGUGUAAUAUUUUAAUUACUCUAUUGAAUUAUUUAAAACUGAACUGUAUUUUCAAUGAAACUGUAAUAUAAAGUUUGCUUUUGCAACAGAACUGAUUGUACAGCUAUAGAUGACUUUUCUUAAUGCAUUUACUAUCUUUCUAAAUAAAGCUCAGCUUUCCCACUUUUUUCCUGGCCUCAAACAGGCCGCUGUGUGAAUAUUACAAAUAAUGUGAAGCAUGAAUAAAGUUUUUCUAAAGCCUU